GAAAAGCCAACGAUUAAGAUAUUGCUGUUGGGUUUGGACAACGCGGGUAAGACGACCACUGCCUUACAUCUCAUCGGAGAUUCGUUGGAAGAUAUCAUACCAACGAUUGGUUUCUCAAACCUAGAAAUGAGGAGAUAUGAGAAAUAUCGUGUAGUGGUGUAUGACUUGGGCGGUGGGGCCCGCAUACGAGCCAUUUGGAAGAACUACUUUGCCUUAAUUCACGGAAUCAUAUUCGUUAUCGACUCAUCCGAUAUCAGCCGAGUUCUUGAGGUCAAAGAUGUCAUCGAGGAAGUGGUCUCAAACGAUAAGAUUUCUGGAAAACCUAUUCUAGUUUUAAUUAAUAAACAAGAUAUCGAAGGAGCGCUAGAGGAGCUGGAUAUUUGUCAAUAUUUAAAACUCGAAUCCCUUAUCAACAAAUUUAAGUGUCCGACAAAAGUUGAAACUUGUUCAGCGAAUACCAGACCAGAGAAUGGAUCAAAGAUUGAUCCGUCGAUAGAUAACGGCUACAAAUGGCUGUUGAGUUUUGUGGCAAAGAAUUGGCUACAAUUGAAUGGUAGAGUGGAAACCGAUUCCAACGAACAGUACACCAACGAGAAGAAGAGUUUGGAGGAAAGGAUGAAUAGGUUUCGGAGCAAAAAGUUUGAGACACAGGAGUCGAAAGAUAUCACUAAUGAGAUGGAGUUCAUUAAAAAUGGUAAUCCAUUCAAAGCGAUCGAAGAUGUCAUCAGAGAAGUGGACCAAAAGAAGGCUGAUUUGAAUGCUAGCCAAUUGAAUGACAACUUUGAUCACAAGAGCCUCAUGAAUGGGAACAAAGAUUUUGGCUCAAAGUUGGAUCUCAUCUCAUCGGAGGGGGACGACACCUCUGGCGAGCACAGCAAUGAUAGCAACGAUUUGGCAAACAAUUCGCUAUCAGAUGAGAGAACCCACGACACGGAUGACACAUCCGGUACUCAGCCGUAUCCUAUCGAUAAGGUCCUCAACAAAAGCAGUGUUCAGACACUUCGCCGUCAAAAAUCGGUCGAUGAAGUGAUCUCCAAAAGUGAGGCCAAACUGACAAAAGAUUUAGAGUCCCGAAAGUCAAUGAGUCUUGAAAGCAGCCAAAAGUCUAUAACUUCUAAUCGAUAUAAUAAUCAUAAAAAAGCCAAAAGAAAAACGAAAGCAAUGAGGAAUAGCAAAGUAUCACCCGAUUUGAGUAAAGACAGCUGAGGAAUGGCAUUCUUUGCAAUUCAUUAUUAUAUUUAUAUAAAUAAUAAAUACUUUAUUUAUUUAUUCUCAUAAAUUCUUUGAUCCCAAAAAACACCCG